UUGGCAUCUCAUUCCAUUCCUUCUUUUCUUAUUUAUUUUUCUUUGGUUGCUAAAGAAAGUUGGAACAAAAGUAUCAAAAGCCUUCCAAAAACCAGACAUCAAUCAAUGUCUUCUGUAAUGGAGUUAACAGCAUCUCAAGAAAGCCAUGAAGAGGGUAAAAAUGAACGGUUAGAUAAUUUUCUUAACAUGGAUCCAACGCUUUCUAAUACCUUGUCACUCUCUGCUGAUACUUUCCUUAAAGCUGCCAUGGCUCUCAAGAACCAGGUAGUGGAGGUUACAUGGAAAGGAAGAGGAAGUGGCGGCGGCGGGUUGGGUACGGGAAUAGACCCGACUGUUUAUACGGGUCUGCUGGGGACAGCUUUCACUUGCUUGAGAUCUUACGAGGCGACUGGUAAUCGGCAGGACUUGCUAUUGUCCGCUGAGAUCGUUGACACGUGCCUCUCAGUCGCACGUGCCUCCCCUAGACACGUGACAUUUUUAUGUGGUAGAGGAGGGGUGUAUUCACUUGGAGCAGUGGUGGCUAAUUACAUGGGGGAUCAUCAAAGCCUUGAAUUCUUCUUGAAUCUCUUCAUCGAGGUAGCACAAGAAAAAGCACUUCCAGUAGGGCCUGAAGAAGGCGGUUUCGGAAUGUCGUACGAUCUUCUUUAUGGGCGGGCUGGAUUCUUAUGGGCUGCUUUGUUCCUAAACAAGCAUCUACAGGGAGAGGUGGUACCCAACGAUGUUCUUAUGCUGAUCGUUGAUGCCGUAUUAGCUGCCGGUAGGACAGGGGCUUCCGAUCUGCCAGCCUGCCCGCUGAUGUAUCGAUGGCAUGGCACAAGGUACUGGGGUGCAGCCAAUGGUCUUGCCGGAAUCUUGCACGUGCUCCUACACUUCCCUCUUUCAGAAGGCGAUGCCGGCGAUGUCAAAGGAACUUUAAGGCACAUGAUGUGUAACAGAUUUCCUCAUAGUGGGAAUUACCCUUCAAGUGAAGGGAACCCAAGGGACAAGUUGGUGCAGUGGUCUCAUGGCGCAACCAGUAUGGCAAUCACUCUAGCCAAGGCAUCACAGGUCUAUCCGAACGAUAGAGAAUUCCGUGACGCCGCUAUAGAAGCAGGGGAGGUCGUAUGGAAGAAUGGGUUAGUGAAGAAGGUGGGGCUAGCUGAUGGUAUUGCUGGGAACACCUAUGCUUUUCUUUCACUUUAUCGCCUUACCGGAGAGACCAUUUACAAAGAAAGGGCAAAGGCUUUUGCAAGCUUCUUAUACCAUAAUAAAAGGAAGCUUGCAGGUAUCGAACAUGGCGGCGGAUUCGGAGCUGAUGAUGGCUACUCCCUUUUCCAAGGGCUAGCAGGGACAGCUUGCCUCUGGUUUGAUAUGCUUGCACCCCACAAGUCUAAGUUCCCGGGAUACGAGCUCUAAGGUUGGGUAACCCCUUUAACAUGUAUACAACUCUUAUCACUUAAUCAACCAACUUCUGUAACGGGAAGAAAUCAUUAGUUAUGGUGAGCAACCCACGAGUUGAUAGUAUUUAUUAAUAAAAAUAUAUUAAAUUAUUUCGUAUUAAAA